AUGGACAUCUCUGGCUGUGCCUCAGUAAGGAGAUCAAAUGCAACUGUGCGCCGCCUCAGGGAGAUAGAGUUCAACAGUUCCUCAGGUUUGGAUGAUACUACUUUGUACUUUCUGCUGGAGGAAUUGUCUCUCACCCCAUCAGGCACAAACAUGAAGAUGUUUUUAAUCUCUCCAGUCAUCUGCCUCAUGGCAGGUGUCCUCAUCAUUCCUACCAUCUUAUUCGUGAUCUUCUCUCGGUUUAACAUCCGUCAGGAAACAAGGUACAUGCUGCUGGGAAAUGCUCUGCUUUCUGAUCUGAUCUACCUGUUGUUCUACACCCUGUCGGCUGCUCUCAAUGCAGCACACCUAGAUCUCCCAAAGGAAGCUUGUGUCCUCCUGUUAUUUCUGCUGGCAGUGGCUUACUGUGGAGGAUUGUUCACAGCUGUUGCCAUAGUCUUGGACACAUACGUAGCUAUUUUGUUUCCUUUGCGCUACAUCACUAUUUUGCCUCCUUCACGAACUAAAAAAAUCAUAGUUUUACUAUGGAUGUGUUCUGGAGCUUUCCCUGGGAUUUUUUUCUUGGUGCUAUGGAGCACCCACACCUUUGUGCCCUGUGUCCUGGAAACGUGCUCGGUUCCAGUAAUACUAAUAUUAACUCUGAACGGGACUGAUGCUCUGAAACUCUGUUUCUGGCUUUCUGCCAUGGUUGUCUUUCUCUGCCUGUCUGUAAUAUUUUGUUGCUAUGCUAUUUUGUAUUUUAAAACCAAACAUUCGGGUAUAUGGGAGAGCAUCUGCUCCAGAGCCAGUGUAACAUUCUUAAUGCACAACACUGUGUUGUUUUUUUACUUCUUUCCACUCUUGGCCCUUUUUGUGGAAUCAUUCUUGUGUGUUAAUGUUCUCAUCAAACUGCAGACGGGAAUCUUGGUCUCCCUGACAGUCUGCAAUGUCCUGAUGAUUAUUCCUAAAGUUUUGUUCCCUUUUCUGUAUGGGCUUCGAUACAGAGAGAUCUCAGCCUCUCUCAAAUCCAUUGUCAGAAGGAAGCAGCUUCGCAUGGUGUCACCUGCUCCACCACCAUCCUGAGCCAAG